AAAAAAUUCUGCAGCGCUGGCUUAAUUUAAUCCCCUCCAUUCCGGAUGCCUCUCCCUCCAUUUUUUUGCCCCCUCGACUGCAGUCUGCAGCCCUACUCCCCCACAAGCGCGACGCAAGCAAGGUGUUUGUCGAAAUGGAGCACGGUGGCCACGAGCUCGCCGUCGUCGUCCUCGUCUUGCUGCUUCUCGUGUCCGCCACCUCGUGCACGUUCCUGGAGGAGGACGUGAUUCUUGGCACGGUGGAGGAGGCGAAGGUGGCGAGGCUGGGUGGCGGCGGCGGUGGCGGCAGCAAGGGCGCGAACGCGAGCACGAGGAGAGCGGACAACACCUGCGCCGGCGUCGGCGUCGGCGUCGGCGGCGGCGGCGGCGGUGGCGGUGGCGGUGGAGGGGGUGGGAGAGGGAGGUUUUACUUGGGGUGGAAGGAGGAGAUUGCCGGGAUGGCGGGGCGGCCGGAGACGGCGGCGUGGCUGCGCGCGGUGCGGCGGCGGAUCCACGAGCGGCCGGAGCUGGCGUACGAGGAGGUGGAGACGAGCCGGCUGGUGCGCGACGAGCUGGACGCCAUGGGCGUCGGGUUCCGCCACCCGGUCGCCCGCACCGGCGUCGUCGCCAACAUCGGCACCGGCCGGCCGCCGGUGGUCGCGCUCCGGGCCGACAUGGACGCGCUGCCCAUCCAGGAAGCAGUGGAAUGGGAGCACAAGAGCAAGAACCCAGGGAAGAUGCACGCCUGCGGCCACGACGCGCAUGUGGCGAUGCUCCUCGGCGCCGCCAAGAUACUCAAGGCUCGCGAGCACCAUCUCAGGGGUACAGUGAGGCUACUGUUCCAGCCAGCCGAGGAGUCGGGCGCUGGCGCCAAGCGGAUGAUCGAAGGCGGCGCGCUGGAGGACGUGGAGGCGAUCUUCGCCGUCCACGUGUCGCACCAGCAUCCGACGUCCGUGAUCGGCUCCAGGACCGGCCCUCUGCUCGCCGGCUGCGGCUUCUUCAAGGCCGUCAUCCACGGCGGCCGCCGCUCCGGCGACGCCGUCCUCGCCGCCGCAUCCACCAUCAUCAGCCUGCAGAGCAUCGUGUCCCGCGAGGCGGAUCCCCUCGACUCGCAGGUGGUGUCUGUGGCCAUGGUGAACGGCAGCGAUCACCCGGCGGCGACGGCGAGGGCGGCGGCGGCGGAGGAGGAGGAGGAGUUCGUGCUGGGCGGCACGUUCCGGGCGUUCUCGAACGCAAGCUUCUACCAGGUGCGGCGGCGGAUCGAGGAGGUGAUCACGGCGCAGGCGAGGGUGCACGGGUGCGAGGCGGCGGUGGACUUCUUCGAGAACCAGAGCUUCUACCCGCCGACGGUGAACGACGCGCGGAUGUACGCGCACGUGAAGGCGGUCGCCGGCGAGCUCCUCGGCGCCGGGAGCUACCGCGACGUGCCGCCGAUGAUGGGCGCCGAGGACUUCUCCUUCUACUCCCAGGUCGUCCCCGCCGGAUUCUACUACAUCGGCGUGCGCAACGAGACGCUCGGCUCCGUCCACACCGGCCACUCCCCCUACUUCAUGAUCGACGAGGACGUCCUCCCCACCGGCGCCGCCUUCCACGCCGCCAUCGCCGAGCGCUACCUCGCCAACCACUCGCCUUCCUCCUCCUCCUCCUCCGACUCCGACGACCCGGAUGUCGAGCUGGAGGCGUCGUGACCGAGCAAGGGAGCCCGGCAAAGUCAGUCGAUCAGCGCGCCGCGCCGCGCCGCGGGAGCGCGCCACGCCGGUUGGUGGUGGGCUGGACUGGUGAUUUUGGGCCCAUUUCGCGGUGGGCUUUGUCGCGGGCCAUAGGGAUCGGUGUUUUUGCCCUGCCAUGGGGAAAUUUAGGUGGGAGGGAUUAAUCUGAGGAAAAAGUCCACUUUUACUCCCUUAAAUGUAUACCGAAUCUAAUUCGUACCCCUCAACCAGAAAACCGGUUAGGAUGACUCCCCCAAUUACUAAAACUGGUACAAAUAGACUCCCUCGGCGGUUUCAAGGGCGGUUUUGCUGA